AAUGAUUGUGUGAUUGGCCAUAUCAUGGGGUCAGUGUAGUUGCUUUGGGUACCAUCCAACUGAUGAGUCGUCUUCUCCACCGCCUCCAUCUUCUUUAUGUACCUUCCCUCUCUGCUUCUCCUUCUCCUCUUGUCCGUCCAUGGCUGAUUCUCCCUCUCCCUCUCCCUCUCCCUCCACUCUCCACCAUCCCUCCGGUCUCAGUCUCACCGUCCUUGUCGCCGCCGUUGUCUGCGCCUUCCUCUGCGCCCUCGGCCUCAACACCAUGCUCCACUGCGUCUUCCAAUGCGCCGUCACUGAACCGCUCCAGUGGAUCGCCUCUCGCCGGAUCAAUUCCGGCCUCAAGAAGAAAGACAUGAUUUCAGCGAUGGAGAUCGAAUUAGGUUUCUCCCAAACUGCAGUCACACAUUCCAUGUGGCUUGUAUUGAUAAGUGGUUGCUCUCUCAUUCAUCUUGCCCGACUUGCCGCCAUUUUCUCAAGUCCUCCACAGAUUCACUCAACUCCUUGCACCUUGUUAUACAGUAGAUAUGUAUGUGCGUGCGUAUCCAUGUUAAGAAAAAUUUAGGCCAGGAAGAGGAAGACCAGAUAGAUUAAUCAUGGGAGUUGUAGGAUGAGACUUUUUUAAUGAAUAAUAUUUAUAAAAGCUUGGUUGAUAAUAACAUACAAUCACUUUAUGCAAUUUAUGUAACAGACUCUCUUUAGUAAAAUAAAAUUUCUUGUUGGUUUCAA